AUGGUGAAAAACAAAAGUUUGUUUAUAAACUACCAACUGACUACACGAUCGGCUUUAUUUUGUAAUUUUAUCAUUUCAGUGUUUAUAUUUUAAUACUUUCAAUUAAGACCUUUAAUAUUCUCUUGUACAGAUAGAAUUCUUUUUAUUUAUCAUGAAAGGUCAAAGAUUACAGGCUUAUUUCGUUAAAAAGCGUGAAAUUGAGCAAACAAAAAUUCAACAAACAAAAGAUGUUCAAAAAUAUUAUGAUCAAUGGGGUAGAAUAACAGCUCGACAUGAACAUUGGUCAACACCUUCUUAUUAUCAGGAAGCAGGAGAGAAAAUGAGAAAGCGUUUAGAAGAAGAAGAGAAGCAGAAGAAGUUAAUAGAAAGACAAGAAAGAUUGAAAGUUCUUUUAGCAAAAGAAGCUUCACAGUUUGAUAAUGAAAUGCAGAACAAUAAACGACCACGCUCAAGACAAAUGUCAAUUGAUAUGCUUGAGUCUGUUAGACAAACUCUCUCAAAUGCAGAGCAGUGCAGAAAGCGGACCGAUUUGGAAUCAAAGUUAUAUAGUCGUUGGAGACUGGGAAUGGACCAAGAAAACAUUUUAAAGGAAUCAAAGAGUAAUCAUCAAGCAAUGGCAAAACUCAGCUGGUUAGAUCGACAAUUAGAGAAUCAAAUGCUUAAUGAACGACAAAGGCAGGAAAAUAAUGCAUUAGAGUUGAAACUUCAAGAGGAACAGAGAAAGCAUGAAGCAUUCAUUCAAAACUGUUCUCAACAGCGUGAAUCGGAGAUUAACCAAAUUAAAACUCUCCAAGAAAAUCACAUUCAAGAACUUAAAUUGCGUGAUCGUGAAAGCCACGAUAUAAAAUUGUUAGAAAGUACUUUACGCAAAAAACUUGGAGAAAUACAAAAGGAAAUUGAAAAUAUAAAUUCAGUUAAUAAUAAACGACGAGAUCGUGUUCAUGCAUUGCAUAAUUACAGAAAAGUUAAAAUGAUUAUGCGAGAAAGAAGUGAAGCUAUUCGACGAGAUCUUCAACAAGAUUUAAAUUUACUGGAUAGGAUUAGUUUUGACAACGAUUUCGACAAUAAUGAGGAAAUUAAUUAUUUAAGGCUGAAGUUUCAAGGACAAUAUGAUCUUGAAACGCAGAACAUUCAAAGCAUUGAGUCUAUGUACGAGUCAGAAGCUAGGGAGUCUUUAAGAAAACACGAAGAUAAAUGGAAUGAAGAUGCUAUGAUUCGUGAACGACAAUUAAAAGUACUAAUGGAAGACAGAAUCCAAACGAUCAGCGAUAAAAUAAACGAAUGUGACAAGAGACAAAAAGAUUUGCAUAUUCUAAGAGAAACUCACCUUAAUGCAAUCGAGGAUUGUAAUCAAAGAUUGAAGGAAUUGAUGAAUACAUCGCUUAUCAAUGGUUUGAACGAUAUUACAACUCAACCCAACAUAACAUCAGCAUACGAUAAAAACCUUAACAAAGUGAUUCGAAAAACUGAUAAUUUAGCAAUUGAUGGUACCAAACAUGAGCUUGCUUUACCUAAAUUCGGUCGUAAGAAAGUUGCAUGGACUUAAGACUGUCAACUCUGCCUCGAAUUUAAUCGAUAGUUUUCCAUUUAGAUAAAGUUUAUUAAAAAUUUCAACUACUUUCCAAGUGACAAUAAUUAAUCACCUAAUAAAUAAUUUUACACGCUUAAAACAUUUAUUUUUAUAUUUCCUACGAAGAUAUUUCAAUAAAAUAUUUUUUUAAUAACUAAUAAA